AUGAAGGCUGUGGUCUACAAAAACCCUAAGCAGGCAACCUUGGUUUCAGACCGGCCUCUCCCCAAACUCCGAGAUGGUUACAUCCUGGUGAAAACAGAAACUGUCGCUCUCAACCCUACUGACUGGAAAGGUAUUCACUCUGGCGGCGCUAAAGAAGGCUCUGUUAUCGGGGUUGAUUACGCCGGCGUCGUUGAAGAUAUUGGCCCAAAUGUGUCCAAACCAUUCCAAAAGGGCGACAAGGUAGCUGGCUUUGUACAUGGUUGCAAUGCGAGUAACCUGGAAGAUGGUGCUUUUGCGGAAUAUAUUGUUGCCAAAGCGAACUUGUCUAUCAAGAUCCCAGAUAGCCUGACAUUUGAGCAAGCUGCAACACUAGGCUGUGGUGUUACGACAGUGGGCCAGGGAUUGUACGAGAAAGACUACGGACUGGGACUUGCCUUGCCCUCCAAACCAAUCAAGGAACCCGAAGUUUUGCUUGUCUACGGUGGGAGCACGGCAACAGGAACAUUGGGGAUCCAAUUUGCCAAAGCUUCCGGAUAUUCUGUAAUAACUACGUGUUCUACUAAAAAUUUUGAUCUUGUCAAGAAACUCGGCGCUGUUGAAGCCUUCGACUACAAAGACCCCGACUGCGGGAAGAAGCUCAAUGAAUACACCAAGAAUGCGCUGCGGUAUGCUUGGGACUGUGUGGGAACGGCCGAUGCUGCCCAGAUCUGUGCCGCAGCACUUACCACCAACUCAGGUGCCCAUUAUGGCACGAUUCUGGGGCCUAAAUUCCCACGCGAGGAUGUCGCAUACACCGCUACCCUGGCUUAUCGGGGUACUGGUGAAGACUUUGUUAUGUAUAGCAGAGAAUUAACCCAGAAUGGAAAGCAUGCGGAAUUCCAAUCUGAGUGGUGGGAUAUUGCGCGGACGCUGCUUGCAGCUGGAAGAAUCAAGACUCACCCUAUUAGUUUAAGACCUAAUGGCCUGGCAGGCGUCAUUGAGGGGUUGGAGAUUAUGAGAGCGGGCAGUUACAGUGCAGAGAAAAUAGUGUAUAAAGUCUCUGAAACACCUUAG